UCAGGCUGCUGGUUUUGAAUCAAGGUACGCUAGAGCGCGGGGCGGGGUGUGGGCGCGUCCUAAGGAAGUGGGACGUGGCUUAAUAGUAUUUUCCAGUGACUGCUGUUUACAGUGCGCAUACUGCCUCUGCGCCUACCGAACACGACCUAGGUUAGACUCGCGCUGUCGGUCAGUCAAAACUUAGGAGGACCACGAUUCCUGUCUUAGAAACAACCUCCCCAAGUGCACACCUUGAAAACCGGAACAUUUACCGCAUGUAAAGUGCACUUUUGCUGAUAGCCCAAAUGUUUUAGUUUUGUUAGUGACUUUUAAACAACAGGAACAUUCGUCCAUUGAACGUAAUGUCAGAGAAGGCAACAGACAAGGACUCCCUUGUACUGGAACGCGAAAAGACGGCAGCUGCUGAGGGAUCUGGUCAAAGCCCUGCGCAGGACGGCAAGGGUCAGUCGCGACUGAAUGGAUGCGUGCCCCUGUCGCAUCAGGUGGCUGGACACAAAUAUGGCAUCGAUAAAAUGGGUAUCUUACAACAUCCGGAUGGCACAGUACUCAAACAGCUGCAGCCUCCCCCUAGAGGACCCCGAGAGCUGCACUUCUACACACAGGUGUUUGAUGAGUCCUGCACAGACCCCCAGCUCCUGUCUCUGCGGCCACACCUGCCCACAUUCUAUGGCACCUGGGCCUCAUCGGACACUCCCAAUGAUGUCUACCUGAAACUGGAGGACGUGACGUGCAGGUGUUCUCGGCCGUGCAUCAUGGACGUCAAGGUGGGCCGCCGCAGCUACGACCCCUUAGCCACGGCCACCAAACGUGAGCAACAGAUCAGGAAGUACCCGCUCAUGGAGGAGAUCGGCUUCCUGCUGCUCGGCAUGAGGGUGUACCAGCCCAGUCGAGAUGCCUACACCUCUCACGAUCAGUCCUUUGGACGCUCCCUGGUGAAGGACACACUCUCUAAAGGCCUGGCUCAGUUCUUCCUUGAUGGCGAGCGGAUCCGGAAGCAGACCGUCCGAGUGUGCAUCCGCAAAGUCCGGAACAUUCUGCAGUGGUUCGAGAGCCAAAAUCGGCUUCACUUCUAUGCCAGCUCGCUGCUGUUUGUUUACGACGCUGUGUCUGGGGCACAUGUGGAGGAGACGGAACACAAUAACAACAACAACAACCACAACCACCACCACCUCCACAGGCAGCAGCCUCAGGACUUGUCGCACUCAGACUCCCCAGCCAGGAGCUCCUCUGAUCGGGAGGUGUGUACCGCGUGCCUCCCUGAUAGCUUCCAGAAUGGAGUUCAGGCACUCAGCUCUCCUGUUGAUUUGGAGAGGAGCAACCGGAAUGGAGAGAAUGUGACGGAGGAGGGAGUGAAAGAGAGUCGAGGUUUCGUUGACGAGCGUGGUGAAGGACAUGUGGAUGUGAGGAUGAUUGACUUUGCCCAUGUUUUCCCCAGCCAAUCAUCACCUGACGAGGGAUAUAUGCACGGCCUUAGGAAUCUGCUGACAGCUCUGGAGGGUAUUCUGGAGGAGUAGCUUUCCUUCAAUAUGCUUCAAGACUAACUUGACUCUCUCUCUCUUGCUCUCUCUUUCUCUCUCUCUCUCUCUCUCUCUCUCUCUCUCUCUCUCUCUCUCUACCGUGGACUCAUCUCAUGAUCUUUGCUGUGUCUUCAGGUACUCAUCUCAUUGAUGAAAACAAUGUUGUUGCACCUUCUGUCUCAGGUAACCACAGGGAUGCCUUCACGGCCUCUUGUCUAAAAGGAAUGGGGGGAUUUAAUUAUGAAUCCAAAUGUGCUUUUUAAGCACAUGCAACUGUGACAAAGUCAAUUUAAUUUGAGUAAUUACCUUGCUAGGUGAUUUAUUUACCCUGUGGCCUUUUCUUACUGCCAAAAUACGUUUUAAAAUCUUUUUUUUUUUUCAAUGAUGCAAGUGUUGAGUUGAAUUGCAGUUGUGAUUAGAGUGAGUAUUGAGAGUAUUUUAAUAACUUAAGCCUAUAUGUUUGCGAGCCAGUUCUAUACAAGUUGGAGCAGGUUCGCACACUAAACAAGGGUUUGUGUGCCAGUUCUAACAUAAUAGUAAUGGGAUAAAAUGUAAUUGUCAGAAUGUAAAUUAUAAUGUUUUUAACUAUAUCCGGCAUUAGACUAUUGUCUACUGCUAAGACAUAGGAAUGACAGGUAGGCCUACUGAAUUACCAGACAAGGGACCUGGAAACUGAGGGGGACCUCAGACAGACCUGCAGUGUCAGUUUGGUACUUGUUCCAAUAUUAUGCAGACACUUGAAGCUGAUUGUAUUUGUUUAUGUGGAUGAUACUAAGAAGAGAAGUGAGGGGACUCUGUGCCAAACCUUUGUGUCAUUCUCGUUGUGUGAAUCUACCCUCACUCCUGAAGCUUUCGGUUUGAGUCCAUGCACAGAGCCGCCGCUAGGCAUAAGCAGAGUAAACAAAGCGCUUAGGGCCUCUACCACUUUGCCCCCAAAAUUGGGGCCUCCUAAAUUGAGAUAACACUAAAAAUGCAUUACUUUUAUUAUUAUUUAAUUGAAAGGGGGCCUCCUGACCAGUUAUGCUUAGCAGCGGCCCUGUCCAUGCACCUGUUAAUUUACAUGAACAUCUAGAGCAGGGGUGUCAAACAUAAGGCAGAGGGGCUGGAUGUGGCCUGCCAGAUGGUGUAAUCCGGCCCCAGACUUAUAAAAAGAAGCAAAUCUCUAGCCCAUUAUAAAGUUGCUACAGGUGUCUGACCUGAGAACAAAUUUGCAUUUUUUGCUCGCCAUUUACAGUCAAUGGUCCUGAUAAUACCCGCUGUCAUUCACUUCGAGAUGAUUGACUAGCAGAGUGAUUCCAAUUCCAAAUUUACGCUGCAUGCCAUUUUUCAACGUUUCCCAAUUAUGUGACUGGACGGCCCACUUUGAAUGAUAUUGGCCACUGAACUGAAAUGACUUUGACACCCCUGAUCUAGAGCUUAACAAUACUCUUGCUGCUUACUGAUCAGAAGAACCAAAUAGGAGGUAUUGCAUGAGGAGGGAAUCUCAUAACGCCUUAUUAUGUUAUUACACCAUUUGCAAUGUUGUGAAAUAACAUUCUGCACAAGUAAGAGGUUUGUUUUUUUUGUCAAGUUUUGUGGUCGUGUUUUUGUACAGUAUUGAGUUAAUUACAGUUUUACUCUCAUCAUAUCUUGUCACCAUGGUGCCAACAGUAAUUGUUGUUUUGAAAGAAGCGAGGAAGAGACUCAUUGCUUUUUUAGUGAGCAGGAAUUUCCUUCAGGGCUGUAAACAAAUUAAAGAUGGAGUCAUGUUGACUUUCUCAAGGAGAACAUUAUCAAUUUUCUGCAUAUUGAGGUGGAAAUAAUGAGGUCUAGUCUCAUUUUUGAGUGUUUAGUUAGAGACAAAGCCCUGUCAAAGCAUUGCAUCGUAAUACACUUGUGCUAACUUGCUGAAUUGGGCUCAGGACAGUUGUAAAGGCAUUUGAUAGAUACUCAUUGAUUUCAUCUCUAAGAAUGUUAUUGUGAAUGGGAGCUAUUCUAAACCGAGCUCAGUCUACAAGCUUGGUGCAGCAGUCAGACUAAUAUGUACAUUUUCAUGUCAUAUUUAUUACAUAACUGGAAAUAUGUCAGAAUUACUGUAACAUUUUUAUAUUUAUUUACUGUAUUUGCAUCAUUCAUCUCAAGCAUAAUGGUUAUAAUACAAGUGUUUUAUUUUAUGUUUUUUCC